AUGCUUGACUUCAUUCCUUUUGUAUCUUGUAAAGACGAGACCAUUGAAGAGAAUUUAUGGGAAGUGGCACUUUAUUCAUGGACUCGUAAUCUCGCCGAACUUCUCAAUUUACAAGAUGAUGCUUUCUUACACGAGACAGCAUAUAAUGAAUCACUUUCUCAGUUCAUCGAUCAAGUAUUGAAUGAGCAAAUGGAUACUGAAGUUGCAAUAGACGCCACAUUGCUUCGGUCUAUUUUUCUUGUGUACUCUCGACUCGCUUCGAUCCAUAUACCUGGUCCUUGCCCUAGUUUACUAUUAAAUGUGGAUAGACUUUCUCGAUUCUCUAUAGUAUACGGCGAGUCUAAUGUGACUCAAGUACGUUCCAUCAUAAAAAAAUUAACGAGUCAGUAUGAAGGUCUGAAAGAUGAAAUAGUAUCAUUGUUAAAUACAGUAGUGGAUGCGGUGCAAUCCAUACCCAAUUUACUUUCUGCACCUCUAUCUAAGAGCAUGCUAAAUCGAAUUUACGUUCUUAUUCGUGUCUUGGAUUCCCUACUAUCAUCUGUUUUAUUUGUCGAUAUCAUUCGAUCCAAAUUCGAGACUCUAGAUGAGAUAUUAAUUUCAUGUUACCAAAACAUGAACCCACUCUUCCAAGGGAGUGUCGAGAAAGAGGAUAGUUUAUCUUAUUGGGUCUAUUUAAUUAAAAAGACAUUUAUCUCUGCCUUUAAUCUAUAUGCUGACAUUCAUUUCUUCAAACCUCUUGGUUAUAUUUCAUCCAUUCAAGAUCACCACACAUUAGACAGGAUCACAGAUAGUGUAGAUAAUGAUGACUCAACUAUUGCAUUCAUGAGCCAUAAACUAAUAAGCUAUAUUGAACAAAGUGGCUUAGAUACCACACGCUCAGCUUUCUUGGAUGCACCCUUAAUCUUAGAUUGGGAAGUAGAAUAUGAUAUUUCAAACAAACUUGCAUUGAUUGACCGAGAGCUAUUUGGUGGAGGUGAUGAACGUAUUAUGUUUCUAGUCAUGUCCAUGGAGCAAGUUCGAGACAGUAAUGAUGAUAAGGGUAGAGUUUUAUUACACGAUCCUUCUAAAAAGGAACAACCCGAUGUUACAGAGAAUAUAGAAAAGGUAUCUCAAAUCCAUGAUUUAUUCCCUGAACUUGGUGAUGGAUUUAUUGAGGCAUGUUUAGAAGCCAGUCAUUAUGAUGCAGAGUUAGUCAUUAUGCAGCUCUUAGAGGAUACAUUACCCGAUUCUGUUCGACAGUUAGAUCGCAAGAUGGAAAGAAGGGCCUUAUUACCACCUGACGCUGUUGCUCAACCUGAUGAUGAAUUACAACGAACAGAGCCCUCGCACCCAUCCCUUGAUUCAAACAAAGAAAGUAUAUUGAAAACAAGACGAAAUAUAUACGAUCAUGAUGAAUUUGAUAUCUUUAAUCGACCUACAGUCGAUAGUUCUAAAAUGUAUAUCGGCAAAAAGGACAAGGGAAAUGCAGAUUUAUUAUUGAAUGAUAAGAGUUUUAUCCAAGCUGAAAAGAAGAAUGUCUUGAAGCGUGUUGUAGAUAUGUAUGAUGAUGAAUAUGAUGAUACUUAUGAUGAUAUCAAUGAUGUCGGUGUGCCUGCCUCUAUGGAAAAUGGAGAUGAUACUGCAAUAGAUAUUAUAAAAAGGAAACAAGAAGUCGUUGAUCCUGGUGUUAUUAAUGAAAGUCUACUUGUUCAUACAUUUGUUGAUCAUCCAGAAUUAUUUGUUCGUAAUAGUACAGCUCGUAAAUCAGCGAAAAGAGCUGAAUUGAGAAAGCAAACUGGUAUGUCGAAUGAGCAAUUAGAGGGAUGGGCUAUUAUGUUUAACAGAAAUCCACGUAAAAACAAGAUCCUGGAUAAAUAUAUGCUAUUUGAUGGAAAUCAGAAUCAAGUGACUGAAGAAACGAGUCAGGCUCAAAAGGACUCUCAGGGGAAGGAAAAUAAACGUCCUCCUGUGAGUGAAACACAAGAACGUACCUAUAAAAACAAAAACAAGGCUCGCUUUGCUAAUCAUAAUCGUAAAGCGAUGAGGGAUAAAAAAGUUUCUAAAAACAUGCCACCACCGAAUUAA